GAGAGGGAAAAAUAAUCAAAAAAAAAUGUCGAGAAUGCGGAGGGAAAAAAUUUCUGACCCAGAAAGAAACUAUUGAACUUAAUAUUCCUCGUGGCAUUCAGCCGGACAAAAAGCUUCGCUAUCAGGGCAUCGGCAAUGAUGUUAAGGUCAAAGAAAACCCUUAUUUUAAACGCAAGGACAAUAAUAUUUAUGUUGAUUUGCCAGUUUCCUUUUUGGACGCCAUUUUGGGAGGCACUGUUGAAGUAAUUACUCUGGAAACUCACCUGGUGGAUGGGGUGCUAAAAGAUUUAACUAAACUUACCAUACCGGCUGGUAGCCAAUACGGCGAUUAUGUAAUCUUGCCAGGAAAAGGUUGCUAUGUGGGAAUUAAUAAUCCUAGGCGGGGAGAUUUUUAUGUGUGUUUACAA